UACUUACUUAGUCACAGCUUAAACGACGACGUGUGAAGUAAAAGAAACUAUCGGAGAUUCGACGACUUUUGCUGUCUCUCUCACCAGUCACCACAGCGAACUGCGUGACGCGGAGACGGCGGAGCUGUGACAAGACGUGGUAGCUGUAGCUGUCGCUGUCGCUGUCGUGGUAUCGCACGGUGUUUUCCGAUUCUGGUUCUGAUACAAGUCGUUUCGAUUACAUCCAGGUUUUUAACAGACAAGUAAAAGAAGUAGAAGGAAAAAAGAUGAUGGGAUUGUAAUAAAGAACAAUUCUGCUAGAAAACUACCAUCUAAACUCCAAAUACAGCAUGGUUUCAGAAACAGCUCAAGUUAGUUGCCAAACUAAUGGGGAAGCCAAGAAGAAUCCACAGAAAGAAAGUCACGGUCAAGGCUUUAAUGGAAAGCGUAAAAACUUGUGUUUUGAUGGCACCAGGGCUAGUCCGUGUAAUGGUGAAGUUUGUAAUGAUGAAUGUGUAUUAAGAACAUCCAACACAGACACAGAUGGCAAUAUGGAUGCAGAACCAGAGGCAGAUUUAUUACUCAAAAAGUCUAGGGUACAGAAAGAAAUGACAUUCCAGGAUAUGUACAACAACCAGGACUUAUUUGACGAUGACGAUGAUGACAGUGACUGGGAGCCUAUACAAAAGCAUGUAGAGAUCACUAAGUGGUUUUGCACCAACUGUACCAUGGUCAACUAUGAUGAUAUUUUGCAUUGUGAUAUAUGUGGGGAACAUAAAGAAUCUGGUAUAUUAAGGCAUGGGUACUUUGCAUCUCCAUUUUUGCAAGAUGCAGGCCCCACUGAGUUUGAUUCAGAAGUAGAAGAGAGAUAUAAAGACAUUGGCUCUCAAGAUUCGGCCUUGAAGCAUUCAACGGUGGUCGGGUUUGACGAGAGAAUGUUGCUGCACUCAGAAGUCAAAAUGAAGUCGCAUCCACACCCUGAAAGGCCUGAUCGUCUUCGAGCUAUUGCUGCUAGCCUUGCUACUGCUGGUAUAUUUCCUGGGAGAUGCUAUCCAAUUUCUGCUAGAGAGAUUACAAAAGAAGAACUCCAGAUGGUCCAUUCGGUGGAGCAUGUUGAAUCUGUUGAACUGACAAGCCAUCUUAUUUCGAGUUAUUUCACUCCUGACACAUAUGCUAAUGAGCAUUCAGCCCGUGCUGCUAGGCUUGCAGCUGGUUUAUGUGCUGAUCUUGCCUCAGCCAUAUUUUCUGGAAGUGCCAAAAAUGGUUUUGCUCUGGUUCGGCCUCCGGGUCAUCAUGCUGGUGUAAGGCAGGCGAUGGGAUUUUGCCUUCAUAAUAAUGCAGCUGUUGCUGCAUUGGCAGCUCAGGUUGCUGGUGCAAAGAAGGUCUUAAUUGUUGAUUGGGAUGUUCAUCAUGGGAAUGGGACACAAGAAAUCUUUGAGCAGAACAAAUCGGUAUUGUACAUAUCCUUGCAUAGGCACGAGGGAGGAAAGUUUUAUCCUGGUACUGGUGCUGCGCAUGAGGUUGGUACCAAGGGUGCAGAAGGAUAUUGCGUGAAUGUUCCAUGGAGUCGUGGAGGAGUUGGUGACAAUGAUUAUAUAUUUGCCUUUCAGCAUGUUGUGCUACCUAUAGCUUCAGAAUUUGCUCCAGAUUUCACCAUUGUUUCGGCAGGAUUUGAUGCUGCAAGGGGUGAUCCUCUGGGUUGCUGUGACGUAACUCCUGUUGGCUAUGCUCAGAUGACACACAUGUUAAAUGCUGUAACCGGUGGAAAGUUGCUUGUUAUCCUUGAGGGCGGCUACAAUCUCCGGUCAAUAUCAUCUUCUGCACUAGCAGUUAUUAAGGUUUUACUGGAUGAAAGUGCUGGGUGCGAACUGGCCAAUGGUACCCCAUCUAAAGCUGGCCUGCAAACUGUUCUGGAAGUCCUCAAGAUUCAGAUGAAUUUCUGGUCUACACUGGAAUCUAGGUUCACUGAAUUGCAGUCGCAAUGGGGAAUUCACUUUUUUGACAAUAAAAGUGAAAAAACAACUAAAAAAGAGGAGGCGUGGUGGGGCACCAAUAUGGUGGAAAUGGGGAAGGAAAAGGUUACUGUAUCAUUUCCUUGGUGGGCAUCUUCAUGUAAAAUCAAAGAGCUUUUGAGUUAUUGCAAGGGAUAUAUUUUGUAGUGGUUCCUAUCCUUGGAAUUUUAUGAAUUUUUUCAUGGCAUUAUGUUAUCGGGGAGAACGUACUUUCACAACUGCCGAAUGUUCCUGAAGAACGUACAUGUACAUGUGAACUUUGCUGUCUUGAAGAACAAACAUGACUUCUUGACACCAGUAUUUAUCUUGAUAUAUGAUAAAUAGUUUGGAUGA